AAUAUAUACGCAAUAAAAUAUGAGAUGCUUAUUGACUACAGUUAAAGAAGAUCGGUUUAACUGUCUGACGGGAUUUUAACGAAGACGGAAGUUGGUAACAGGGAACUAUCUCUGAGUGAGACCUUUGCAGUGGUCUGUUGACUUUCUGCAAGCUCAAAAAGAAUCUAUCCGGUGAAGUCCGGUUGUACCAGAGAGCGUGGACACUAAGGCUGACCUUACUUUUCAAGGAUGCAUGUGCAGAGAGUCGUCCUCAACUCAAGACCAGGUAAUAACGGGGUGCCAGUUCCGGAAAACUUCCGUAUUGAGGAGACGACUUUGGCACCUGACCUGAAAGAUGGGGAGGUCCUUGUUAGGACGCUUUGCCUAUCAGUCGACCCUUACAUGCGAUGCAGAAUGAAUGAAGACACCGGCGUUGAUUAUGUGACUCCAUGGCAACCGUCGGAGUGUGUGGAUGGUGGAGGCGUCGGCGUGGUUGAGUCCAGCCGCUGCAGUACUUGCAGCGAGGGGGAUAUGGUCACUUCAUUCAACUGGCCUUGGCAGACCUAUGCUGUUAUGAAAGGAAGCGUCUUACAGAAGAUUGAUCCACAGUUGGUUGACGGGCACUUGUCCUACUUUUUGGGUGCAGUUGGCAUAACGGGCCUCACUGCUCUGUUGGGCGUAAGGGAGAAGGGUAAUGUGACCAAAGGGGCCAAUCAGACCAUGGUGGUGAGUGGUGCGGCUGGGGCCUGUGGCUCCAUAGCUGGACAGAUUGGCAGGCUGGAUGGCUGUGUGAGAGUGGUUGGGAUUUGCGGUUCUGAUGAGAAGUGCAAAGCUUUAGUGGAUGACCUGGGCUUUUCUGCAGCCAUCAACUACCGCCGAGAGGACAUCCCUACAAGGCUCAAGGAGUGCUGCCCUGAUGGGAUAGAUGUUUACUUUGACAACGUGGGAGGUGCCAUCAGUGAUACUGUAAUCACACAGAUGAACAACGACAGCCAUGUGAUCCUGUGUGGGCAGAUCUCACAGUACAACAAGGAUGUGCCGUAUCCUCCGCCACUGAGCGAUGAGAUUAAGGAAACCCUGCGAAGGAAGAACAUCACACGGGAGCGAUUCACAGUGCUUAACUACAUGAACAAAGCGGAAGCUACCCUCUGUGAACUCAGCCAGCGAGUUAAAUCAGGACAAAUCAAUGUGCUGGAAACUGUGGUGAAUGGCAUUGAAAAUAUGGGAGAUGCAUUUUGCUCUAUGAUGACAGGGGGAAACAUUGGCAAGCAAAUUAUAAAGAUAUCAGAGUGAAGAAAAUCAGCUGCUCUCACCUGGCAGACACCUGGGGAAAUUAACCUACAGUUCCUAUCACUGCUAUUAACACUAACUUAAUGAACUCAAAUGAGAUAUUGCAUUAAUUAGCUGAUACCAGAAUAGUACAGGGUUAUGAACCAUGAAUGAAAAAUCACACAAUGUUCUUUGAAAUUUUGAAAAGAGUGCUUGGACGUUAAUAGUUAUUGGAUAUUGGUGCAGCAGUUUAUUAAUUUAGAGUACAAUAUCGUAAUACUACCUCAUGAUAUUCACCUCCUUCUACAUUGCAACAGUAUUUCAUUGUUUUAAAAUCUUUCACAAAAAAAUAAUACUGCCAUAAUAAGACAUCAGCAUAUUUCUUCUUGUAUGGAGCCCCGAAACUAGCAACAAAGGUUAUUAAACAUGUCAACGACAAAAUACUGUUUAGUGUAA